GUGUUGUUUGGACUUGGGCUACUUAAUAUCACAGUAUUUACACUGUGGUGUGCUCCAUUGAUUUAUUUGUGUAUUGACAAUAGUUGUUUAGCUCUGUUUUUUUUUCCAUUAUUUGUUUGACGUUGCAUAGUUUAUUUUUGUUUACUUGUUUCAAAGGUCUUCUCAUCCUGGGGCUUCCUGUACAUUUUAAUGGUAUUUGUUUUCUCAAAUCAGUAGAAUUAUUAUUUUUUAUUCUUGAAAAGGAAAUAUUAACUUCGGUUUGGUUUUUUUAAGGGAAAACAGGUGUGGUAUAGGAUAAAAUUUGUUGGUAUGACCAAUAAUAGCUGAGGCGAAGGAAGGGGCCAGUACUCAAACAAUGAGUGAAUGAACAUGCCCGUAAUAGGUAGGAAGGAGAGAGUUCGGUAAAUGCAAGAGGGAAACCACCCACCUUCCAUUCUCCAAUGUGCAUCUGAUACAUGGUUUUGGAUCUAAAAAACAAAAAACGAUUUUAUAUCUGUCCCACAGUUUUUAAACUCCAAUUUGUCAAUGCAUUGAAUGAAUGUAGCUGCUUGUCUGAUUGCACAGUAUUGUUUUGUGGACAAACAGACAACAUAACUGUAGUUUGAAAGGGGGCAGCACAUACUAAUUGUAGUAAUUUCAUCCUGCUGUUUUGCUGGCCCCCCUAUGUCAUAUGAUCUCAGAGAACAAUAUCAAAGAUUAUUAAGGAGAGAUGAACACAGAAACCCAGUUGGGUUGCAGAUGGAAUGUAUGUUUGUGGGGCUUCUUUUUGCAUUGUUCAGAGUCUUUUCCAAUCAGAACUAAUCAAAUUUCAAUGCUUUGACACAUUCUGCAACGCACCCAAAUCAAUAAAAAACUAGUGUUUAGUGGGCAGCAGUCAUGCCAGAUUAUAAGCUUUAUCAGGAGGGUGAAUGGGAAUUUGUGGAGGUUGAUCCCAGCGGUCGUUAUGGCCGGUACAAUGAGGUGCUUGGCAAGGGGGCUUCUAAAACUGUUUACAGAGCUUUCGAUGAGAGGGAUGGGAUUGAAGUGGCUUGGAACCAAGUGAAAAUAAAGGAUGUGCUACAGGCCCCUGAGGAUCUGGAGAGGCUUUAUUCAGAAGUCCAUCUUCUCAAGACUCUGAAUCACAAGAACAUAAUCAAAUUCUAUUCGUCAUGGGUGGAUACAAAGAGCAUGAAUAUCAAUUUCGUAACAGAGAUGUUCACUUCUGGCUCUCUCAGACAAUUUAGGCAGAAGCACAAAAGGGUAGACAUUAGGGCUGUGAAAAAUUGGUCUCGUCAGAUCUUGAGAGGUCUUCUGUACUUGCACAGCCAUGACCCUCCCAUUAUACACAGAGAUUUGAAGUGUGAUAACAUAUUUAUCAAUGGAAACCAGGGUGAAGUUAAGAUUGGAGACCUGGGUCUGGCUGCAAUCCUUCGCAAAUCUCAUUCUGCUCACAGCAUUAUAGGGACUCCUGAAUUCAUGGCUCCUGAGCUGUAUGAUGAAGAAUACAAUGAAUUAGUCGAUAUCUAUGCAUUUGGGAUGUGUCUGUUGGAAAUGCUCACUUUUGAGUAUCCUUAUAGUGAAUGUUCUAAUCCGGCUCAAAUCUACAAGAAAGUAACCUCUGGCAAGAAACCGGCGUGUCUGUACAAAGUGAAGGAUCCUGAAGUUAGACAAUUUGUGGAGAAAUGUUUGGCCACUGUUUCCAGGAGGCUUCCUGCAAGGGAGCUCUUAAUGGAUCCAUUUCUCCACGAGCAUGGCAUACAACAUUCCUUUUCAAACUUAGACGUCCAUAGAGAUGACAUGGAUGAACUAGGGUCUUUCUUGAGGGAGAUCCACAUUAAUGCGUCUCAAAAUGGUGAUAAUGUGACACACAAGAAUUUGCACUUUGCACGCCCUGCCAAGGAGAAUGGGAUUGUUGGACACCAUGAGACCACAAAACACAACAAAGUUGUACCUUUGCCUGCAAGCUUCAUAGAGGAUGAUUUGUCUCAUGAUAUGGAUUUUACUGUCAAGGGCAAGAAGAGGGACGAUGACACCAUUUUCUUACGACUGCGAAUAGCAGACAAAGAAGGUCGUAUUCGCAAUAUCUAUUUUCCAUUUGAUGUGCAAGGAGAUACAGCCAUGAGUGUGGCCAGUGAAAUGGUUGCUGAGCUUGACCUUGCCGAUCAAGAUGUUACAAAGAUUGCAGAUAUGAUUGAUGAAGAAAUUUUGGCUUUGGUACCCAAUUGGAAGGCAGGGGUAGCCAUAGAUGAUUAUCAGCCAUGCAUGGACCAUUGCCAUUGUGUCACCAAAACAACUGAAGAUUGCUGUGGGAGUUACACUGAUUGUUUUUCUACCAUUUCAUCUGACAGUUCUAUGUUGGAAUAUUUGAGGUCUCACUACUUGGUUGACAACAUGCCUGGAAUGUUGCCUUGUUGCACUCAAGUUGAGUGUGCAGCUAUGCAUGGUCGCUUUGAAGAAGUCACAUUUCAGGUUGAUGGAACUGGUUUUUCUUCAUAUGCAACUGAAGAGAUUCCCACAAUAUCCAGUGAGUCAUCGGAUGUUCUUCGUCACGAUUCCCAUUACUGGGCUGCUGGUGAGUAUCCAACUUCACCCGGAUCUCUAGUCUCACUUGGUUCAGCACCUCCCAAUUCUGAGGAAUCUCAGUCUUGUCAAGUUUCCUCUGUUUAUUGUAACACAGAGGUAGCAGGUUCAAGCAGGUCCACAGAGCCCUCAGAAAAGACAACAUAUGCAGAGGACCUGGACAAAGCUUGGAGGCAUGGAUUGUCCGAGGGGUCAACUCCUGUAACUGAAUGUAGUUGUCUUAAUUCUCCCCACAAGCAACAAUCGCCAUCAACAGUUGAUCCUCUAUCAGAUGAAGAUAUUGAUUCGAUCAACAAGGAGCUGAGAUUUUUGGCUAUAGAACAUGAGCAGGAAUUAAAGGAAUUGCAGAGAAAACAUGAAAAUGCCAUCUUAGAAGUUAAAAAUAGAUGGAAAAACAGAAAAGCUCUCAGAUCAUACCCUAAUAGGAACAAAAUCAGUGGUGGAGUAAAUAGUCAGGAAUGUAAAAUGAAGAUGAAUGGUGGCCAAGAACAAUGGGAAGAAGACUAUGCAAUACAACACACAACAGCAAGUGAUAAGGAAUUUGGACCUGCAAAACAACAUGAGCCAGACAAUGGAGGAACAAGAUAUUCGAGAAGAUCCAAUCCAAAAGUAUCAAAAAAUACUGCGGUGAUCUGCUCGGACAUUACAGUUUCCAGAGAAACUACACUGUAUUCUUAUCCAGCGCUCAUGCGUUCUCCUCUGCACAUGCAUUCUUCUCCUCCAAAGCCAGCCAAAAGAAAUUUGGCGCCAAAUAGAAGGCUAAUGAAAAUGCAUUCUUUUAGUGAAGUUGAUAGUCAGCUACACAUGAAUUCUCGUUCUACAGAAAUUGGUAAGUUGAAAGGCAACAAGCCUAUUACAGCAUGUAGAGUAGAGAAGCAUGGCAAUACAAAACAUUGCCAUGGAGGUUCAAAACAGAUGCCAUCAAUACCUCGGUCAUCUUCCAGGGAUUACAGAGAAGGAAGAAGCAGACAGUAACCCUAAUGUUUGAAAGUAUUAUAUGUAACAUAAAUUUAUUACCCUUAGACUAGAUUCAAUGUUGCAGAAAAGACUAAUUAUUGUAUAGACUAGUGUUGCCUUGUGGAUGAGGUAUCAUUCAUAGCAAUGCCAGGAGAGGUUUUCCAAAAAAUAUUCCUUGACCUCAGCACCUGUAUGUUUCAGAAUUUUGUCAGGAAAGAUGGCAAUUUGAAACACUACAGUAACCAAAGGAAAAUUUUCUCAUCUGCUUCCAGUAGGAUGUGAUGCAAUUGCCAAGGGAAAAUACAUUAUCAAGAUGUACUCGAGAGUUCAUCUCUAUUCAGAUGGUGCAACUGAUGGACUGUACAAUAUAAUAUCAGUAACACACUUCCUGGCUGGAGACAACUGAGCUUCCUUGCCAGAUUUCCCAAUCAAGUGAGAAUUUUUACAUUGGAGGGAUUUUAAAUCAUAUGUUUGGAAUUUUGCUUAAUGCUAACCAUGGAUAAAAGAUUGAGUUGAGAUAGCAUGCUUUGUUGAGCUUUAGGAUUAAUUUUGUAUUCGACUUUGAGCAAAUAAAGAUUGUCGGUGCACUUCAAUUCUUGUAAAAAGAUGAAAUAGUCUAUUAUGACAUCUCUGUGUCUACACAAAGACACUGAUGAUAUUAUGUAAUUCUAUUUGGCAUAUGAACUAUGUUAAAGAAAAUUGGGAUUGGUUGGCUUA